GGCCAGGCCAGGACUUGCCCGGGCAUGUGAGCGAGGCGGCUUCCGGGCCGGACACGUGGGGCGGCGGCAUGCCUCCGGGUAAGGGGCAGAUGACACCGCUGCCGCCCCCCAGAGCCCCCCCACCCGCACCCAAGGGUGCCCAGGGCCCCCCCGGCCCCAGGCCGGCCCCGCAGGGCCCUGUCCCCCCGCAGCCCCGCGGCAAGAAGCGGAGCCGCAGGCACCAGCGCUUCCUGGAGCGCCGGGCGCUGCUGGAGCAGAGGGGGGUGCUGAGACCCCCCCGCCACCAGCCGGGAGGCCAGGACCCCCCGGAGGUGCUCCCCGAGGUGGCCCCCAGGUGCGGGAAGGUGCCCGGGUCCCCGAUCCCAAAUGGCACCGCCGCGGGGGUGCCCCCGCUGCGGCCCGCCAAGUACGUGGCCAUCGACUGCGAGAUGGUGGGCACCGGCCCGCGGGGGCGGCAGAGCGAGCUGGCGCGGUGCAGCGUGGUGGGCUACCACGGGGACGUCAUCUACGACAAGUACGUGCGGCCGCGGCUGCCCGUCGUCGACUACCGCACGCGCUGGAGCGGCGUCACCAAGGGGCACCUGAGGAACGCCAUUCCCUUCAGGGCCGCCCAGGCCGAGAUCCUGAAGAUCUUGAAAGACAAGAUCGUGGUAGGACACGCCAUCCACAAUGACUUCCAGGCCCUGAAGUACUUCCACCCCAAAGACAGGACCCGAGACACCAGCCGGAUCCCGCUGCUGAACCAGAAGGCAGGGCUGCCCGUCAGGGCCAGCGCCUCGCUCAAGAGCCUGGCCAAGCACCUGCUCCACAAGAAGAUCCAGGUGGGCUGCAGAGGGCACUCGUCGGUGGAGGACGCCCAGACGGCCAUGGAGCUCUACAGGCUGGUGGAGGUGCAGUGGGAGACGGAGCUGGCCCGCAGCCAGCCCCCCUGCCCCCCCAGCCCCCCCGCGGACCCCAGUACAGACAGUGACCAGUACCUGGACGACCAGUACUGGCCCACGGACCUGACAGCGGGCAGCUCGUGACAGGGCUGGCAUCCCGUCCAUGCAUUUCGGGACCUGGUGCCUUCGGCUCGUAGGCGUGGAGGCAGCCGCCCACCUCCUUCCCCAGGGGAGAUCUUCCCAAAAACGAGAUCGGUGGCGCUUGGUGCCUGGGGACCAGCGGGGUCCCGGUGCCAGCCGGGAGGAGCACCCGUGGGUGCGUGGCUGUGGAAUGGGGCUCUGGGGGCACCUCUGAUGCUCUUUGAGGGGACGCCCUGCGUGGCGGGUGGUGGCACGUCCUGCUGCUGAUCGGGGAGGAUGGAGGUUAGUGGGUUCUCCAGAGGUUGUCCAGACAGGGGUGUGGGUCACGGCCCUGGGACAGCAGCUGGAAGCUGCUCUGCUGGCACCUGACCAUCCAGGGCCGGUGACGGGACCAAUUUCGUCCCCGUUUUCUUUGCACAGCAAAUCCUGGAAAGAGAGUCCGGGUCUAAUCGGUGUCUAAACCCUGUUGGAAACAGCUUAGGAUGCACUUUGUCUUAUUUGUCAUUUGUCUUAUUUGUCAAAUUCCGAAUUAAAAAUCAUUAUUGC